ACUGAAAACAGAGGUGAGGAGAGAGAGAAAGACAGAGAGAGAGAGAGAGAGAGAAGGGAAACUUCCUAGGACAUAAAGGUAGACUGGUCUCCAUCAGGACAGAAAAAUAGGACAGAGAAGUGAAGCUGAAGGUUUUUAAAAAAGACAACUAAGCUAAAAAAAAAAAAAGUUUUCUGUAUAGGAUCCCAACUGUAAUGGGAUAUAAUAAAGAGGAAAGGCAUAUCUAGUGAUCCAAUCAGAGAUGAGGGUUAAGAAUUUCAAGAGUCAAUUCCAAAAUUCCAGGAGUUCUAGGGCAAUGACUUUUGAAAGUGAGUCAGUGGGCAACGGGAAUCCUGAAGAGGAGACGCAUCAGGCAGAGGGGAAGACCGUAGCAGCAAAUGGCAAAGCAGAUAUCUCUGCAAAGCAAGAGGCCAAUGGGAAAUACGACAGACCCCGAAAAAGGUUCACUUGGCAGGAGAUCCACAGACACAACCAGAAAGAAGACCAGUGGCUGGUGAUUGACCGCAAGGUCUACAAUGUCACUGACUGGGCCAACAGACAUCCUGGCGGGCACCGUCUCCUCAACCACUAUGCAGGGCAAGACGCCACGGAUGUCUUCAGAGCCAUGCAUGAUCAUCUGGACAUUGUGCAAUUGUACCAGAAGCCACUACUCAUUGGAGAACUUGACCCAGGAGAACCCAGCCAGGAGAAAAACAAAAAUGCCCAGCUGGUGGAAGAUUUCCAGGCACUGAGGAAGUCUUUGGAGGCCAUGAAGAUGUUUGAUAUCAACCCGAGAUUCUUCUUCCUCCAUUUCUGUCAGAUCAUUAUUUUAGAAACUCUGGCUUGGCUGACAGUGCAUCAUUUGGGCACAAGCUGGCCAGUAACAAUAUUCAUUUCCAUUAUCCUCGCAAUAUCUCAAGCCCAGUCUGGAUUUCUGCAGCAUGACCUGGGACAUAUCUCCAUAUCUAAGAAGCUCAAGUGGAAACGCCUGAUGCAACGAUUGGUGAUGAGUAAUUUCAAGGGCCUAUCUGUAGAUUGGUGGAACCACCGGCAUUUCCAACACCAUGUGAAAACAAACAUCUACCCCAAAGAUCCAGACACUGAUGUUGGUCCACUUUUUCUACUUGGGAAAACACAUCCAGUCAAGUAUGGCAAGAAGAAAAUCAAGUACAUCAACUAUGAAAAGCAGCAUUUGUACUUCUACAUGGUUGCACUUCCUUUCAUGAUGCCUGUGUAUUUCAACAUGAGUAGCAUAUACUUUAUGUACCUCCACUGGUGUUGGGUGGAUAUUGCCUGGGUCGCCAGCUUUUACAUUCGGAACUUGAUCACAUUUGGACCUUUCUAUGGGAUCUUUGGAACCAUGUUGCUCAUAUUUCUGGUCAAGAUUCUCGAAAGUCCCUGGAUUGCAUACGUCACCCAGAUGAGCCAUAUUCCAAUGGAAAUGAAUGAAGAGAAAAACGAAGACUGGGUCAGCACUCAGGUCAUAGCCACCUGCAAUGUUGAACAGUCUUUUUUCAAUGACUGGUUCACUGGACACCUGAACUUCCAGAUUGAGCACCAUCUGUUCCCUACUAUGCCACGACACAAUUAUCACAAAGUAGCACCUCUGGUGAAGUCACUGUGUGUCAAGCAUGGACUGCAGUAUGUGAAUAAGCCAUUGUUGAAGGCGUUUGGAGAUAUUGCCAGGGCCUUGAAGAAAUCUGGAGCCCUCUGGGUGGAUGCUUACUACAAAACAUGAAACUGAGCUGCUGGAGCUCACGUGGGGUGACUCUCAGCCAGGAAGGUUCUUCUCCAUCAUCAUGGACCUGAAAAGCAACCCUCCUGGCCCCUUCCCAGAGUCCUUUACUUUGCCACAAUAUACCAAGUCCAGUCCAAGUUCUACUUUGUGUUUCCCCUUUUUGUUCUUGUUUCUCCACAUCUGCCUAUGAGUGAAAUCAUCCAUAUUUAUCCAUCUCUUUCUGAAUUGUAUUCCUAUUAUUUUACAAUUUUGUUGAUCAUUAUUAAAUCACUAAUAAAUUUUUAAAAGAAG